GAAGUCGGUUGAUGUAAUUGUAUGCGAAUACGUUUGAUUACAUAAUGUAAAUAGCAAUAGACUGUGUUUAUAAUCGCAAGAAGUUGUUUACUUAAAAAUGAAUUAUAUCAGUAUCAUUAUUAUAAUUUUUUCGAUAUGUAUUGAUCUGAUCAGUGGUUUCUUUGCGAGAUCAUUGCGAGAUGGAAACUGGAGGACUAAAACCCACUUAGAUAUAACAGGACCGGGAACCUUCCGAGCGAUUAGCAAGUAUACUAUUGCCAAUAAAGGAGUCGGAUCUUUAGAUGAUUUCUUUCGAGACGAUCCCAAUGGCAAGAAUACAAUGUUUGAGAAAGUAUUUGCAUUAAGAAAGGCGGUUGCUGAUACACAGGAGAACAGGAAAGAUACAGCUUAUUUUCACUGUCACGCCGAUCAAAUCUUUCUCGCGCAUAACUUCGUAAAAUCUUGUAAACAGAAACUGAUUGCGCGAAAAGAUGACAUUGACGAAUUCGUAAAACAGCUUGGCGAAUGCCUCUAUACUAUACAAUCUUUCUACAGUAAUACGAACUGGGUGGAAAUGAACGGUGGUAUUGCAUAUGAAGAUUUUGGAAUAAAUGAUUUAAUGGAAGUAGCGGCUUUGGAAGAAGACACCUGUCUAGAUAAUGCAGAUUACAAUUCUGGAUGUAAGAACAACAUAAGAGUGAACGGUAAAUUGACCAGCGGAUACCAUCACGGAAGAGGCAAUACCAAACCUGCAAAGGCCAUAGGUUCAUCAACCGGUAAAUGUAGUCAUGGAGGUCCUGACGAUGACAGCAGGAAACUUGUGGCAAGAUGUGGCAUCAAUAAGGAUUCCAUUACCCCUGCAUGGUCACCACAUUCUCAUUUACACAACCAGGCAUAUACGGCCGCUGUUCAGGCUACUGAGAACUUCCUUGUUGCAAAUGGAACUGGAGUGUUAUACACAAUUGGACCAACAUUAUUUGAAGAUGUAUUUCAUGUUAAAAGACGGAAGGAUAUGACUCUAGCUAUGGCAAUAGACUAUACUGGUUCUAUGGCAGACGAUAUUGAUGCUGUAAAAGAAUAUGUGUUAGAACUGUUAACAAAUACUGUAGGAUCUGCCAAUGAACCCGCUGAUUAUGUUCUGUCUUUGUUUCAUGAUCCAGAAAGCUGGAAUUCCGCCUAUAAGUAUGAAGAUGGGUAUGAAAUGAUCAACAAAGUUCAAACAAUUGAAUCAAUCGGUGGUGAUAAUCCAGACUGUCCUGAAUACGCAGCAGCGGGGAUGUUAGCAGCAAUAGAACUAAUGAGAGAUGAUUCACCUCUGUAUGUAUUUACGGAUGCAGACGCAAAAGAUGCUAACCGCAUGCAAGAAGUCAUUGAUGCAGCCAAAGCAAAGAAUAUCUCAGUAUCUUCAUUGUUAACCAAUCAGUGUGAUCUCAAAAAACGAUCAGCAUUAGGUCGGCAUGAAAGGUCUGCAUCAUCAUUGUCAUUUUUCCAACAAAUAGCUGAAGCAACUGGUGGAAGUGUUUAUGAAACAGACAAAGAAAACAUUGGAAAUGUCCUAGACACUGUUAUAGGGGAAACAUUUCCGUCUAGUGAAAUAAUAAUAGAUUCGUUUGACUGGUCGGCUGCAAAAACUGAUGACCAAAAUAUUACCGUUGAUAGUACAAUCACAGUGCUGAAGAUAAGUGUUACUGGGUCAUCUGCAGAAACAGAUGUAGAUAUAUAUUAUGCUAAUGGGACAUUGGAGACAUAUACAUCUGGAAAGUCAACACGAAUAUAUACCUCAUCAGGCGAAACCAUUAUAUCAAUCCAGCAUCCUCCAGGAAGUAUCAUGAAACUAAGAAGGAAUGUCAAUAACGACUGGAAGGUAAAUAUUACAGCACAGAGCUCUAUCAAGAUAAACAGUGAACUAUUAGAACACACAGAUACUGGUGAUAUGGUUUCUGUGAAAGGCAGUCCAAUUCUAGAUAACAACUAUACUGUUGCUUUGUCUGUGUAUGGCCUUGUAUCAAAUGGUACAUGUCACACCAUUGCAUUGACCGAUAAUACUGGAAGUGUUAUAUCGGUACACGAGGCUUCGCAGUUGCAGCGAGAUUUCGAUACGUUGUGUGCUGCAACCUUCAGAACGCCACAUGCUGAAUUCCAAGUUAAACUAUAUGGUAACGACGAUAGUGGGAGACCAUUCACAAGGAAGCUUUCGGAACUAUACAAACCUGCAAGUGUUGAACUAAUCAUUACAGCAUCAACUGAUGAUGUUAUAAUUGGAAAGGAAAGACUAAUUGGUUAUCAGGUUAUAAAUCGUGGUACUGUGACAGAGACGUAUCAAGUAUCAAUAUCAGACGAUCAUUCAUUUGUUCACGGAACCGGAACUGUAGAAUAUACACUGUUGGCUGGAGAUGGUGCUAAUGGAACAUUUGCUGUUAAGCCUACUACACCCUCUGUUAUAUUGUAUGUUUUAUUGGCUGUUAAGCCUACUACACCCUCUGUUAUAUUGUAUGUUUUAUUGGCUGUUAAGCCUACUACACCCUCUGUUAUAUUGUAUGUAUCACUUGUUUUAUAA